GCCAGUCUCUGCCGCAGCCCUGUUCUGAAGAGUGACCACCGCCAUGUCUGUGAGUCUCCCGGCCAACAGCACAGCACUGGACCUUCACGAGCUGCUGAGGGGCAUCGGUCCGGAGACGGUGCACGAAUUGGACAUCACGAACUGCUUAGUCGCCGAUCAAAACCACCUUUACACGUACAUAGGAUCGUGCUCAAACCUACGGUCCCUGCGCUGCCUCGCCUGCCCGAUCCUGGCAAGUAACCUGCUGUGGCUGCUACAAGAACGGCUUGUGCAUCUAGAGGAGCUAGAGUUCUCGUUGUCGUUCACACGUAGCGAGACCGACAAAGAGAUCAUGAGAGUGAACGAGCGCUCAUUGCAGUUUCCGCUCACCGUGGCGCGCAGUCUGCACCGCGUGUAUGCUGAAGUGAGCGGCGAGGACAACGCCGGCCUCCUCCGGGGGCUGCUCGCCUUCUGUCCCAAUGUGACUGAUCUUCACUUGCACGUCGUUGGCGGCAACUUCCGGCUCUGUCUAAUACAGGCGCAAAACAUCCUGAAUCCGGAUCCCUGGCUGCACACGUUCACUUUCUCAUCCGGCAUUCCGCCAAAGCUACGGUACGAACCAUGCACAAUGACUCUCUUUUGCAGACUCUCGCUCGUCUGCGCAAACGUCAGCUACUGCGACGGGGUUUACAACUGCGUUUGGCUGCGGGACCUGGCCUUAGACCCCGAUUGCCGUGAGCUCGCCUCGCAGCUUGUCGUGAUCGUCACUCACGACGCCGACGUCCUGGCGCAAAGAAUCGCCGCGGCCGCCCGAAGGCACAUCUGGACAGGCGUGCGCUGUCUCACUCUCGCCCUUCUCCCAAGGCAACCUUUGUCCGCCCAGCCCCACCCAAUAGCCGAAAGCGUGUACCUCGGCGGUCUCCGCGAGUUCUUUCCCGUCCUUAAAUACCUCGUCGAACUGAACGUGAGCUCGUUCCACUUCGGACCCGAUGUCGACUUCACGCAACUGCUCCAAGACGCGGGACUUGCAUUCCUGCAGGCGCUCUCGACGGCGCCUUGCGCGUUCAGUCAGCCGGACGCAGUGCGUCGGCUGGCUGACGUCUGCCGAGAGCUCGUGGACCUGGACGUGCGCGUGGAAAAGCGGGGACGCUUCUCCGGCUGCACGGUAUGCCAGCUCGAGUUCCGGCUCAACACAGGUGAUAUGGCCGCGCUGCACGACGGCUAUCCGCGGUCUCGCCGUAGGCUCGUCCGACUGACGCUCAGCGGCGUGCCUCGUCUGGAGUCGUUGCGUUUCCUCGAGUGCUGCGAGGUGGACGAACUCCGUCUCGUCGACUGUCCCGAUCCGUCGCACCCGCACUUCGUCGACAUCGGAGAACUGCUGGCCAGGAACGCUAAGCUCAUUUCCCUCCUCAUCCGGAACACAGAACUGCCUUUCGGUACUACCGGUCUCCUGGCUAACGUGACCCGCGUCACAUGGCUGCAGUUCUUGUGCCUGUUAUCUGAAGUUCCAGUACUGGACGACAUCGCGACGGCGCACGUGGAACAGCUGACCGCCGGACUGACGCAGCUCAAGUGCCUGCACAUUCACUAUCGGAGCAAGGGAAAUGGCCGCGAGCAGCUGAUCACGUGGUUAUGGCGCUCGGCGGAGGGAGGAGGAGACGGCCACUUGAUUCGAAACGGACCUUGCAUACUGUGCUGCACGGCGACCUUCAUAGGACUCGCCAAGCCGCUGAACCGGGGAUAUUAGUUAGGACGCCCUGCGCUGAAACGCCGGCCCACAUGGGUUUUGCAUACGCGCGAUCCACAGUUAAGAGCGAAGCACUCGGGAAUAGAAACCAUCCGAUCCGUCCUGCGACAAGCUGCCCCCAACCAGACGCCCGCCAAGGCAUCCAUGAAUGCUUAGGCGCCAAACAAGGUUUCCCAUGUAGUCUGAACAGCGAUUUAUAGCUUUGUUUGUUAGGCACAUGGAUUUCCCACUUCGGUGCUCACUCAAAAUCAGUAGACGUAAUCUCUAUAUGUAUGCAUGGUUGUAGUUCAGCACAAUACACAUGGUGGGAUUCUUCGUUGUGAUCCUUGUGCGUCGUACCUUGUGUGCCAACAGCUGGGUCCGACAAACUUUGAAGUUGGAACAACCGGAGCAGCCGUCUUUAGAACGCGUCACACGUCGUGUCAUAUGCUACGCCUUCAAUGCGUCUUAAUUAUGAGUCGCAUGCACGAUGUGCGGCGCGUUUGAAAGAUGGCUGCUCAAGCUCCUCAAGCCUGGUAGGAACUUCGUUGGCCUUGUUCAAAGUUGUAAGUCUUAUUGAACGCGUAAUCUUAUAUCACCUUCCUCACGCUUUACAGAACACCGGAUCAGUGGCGAUGUCGACAUAUGUAGCAGUUCGUAGUGGACACUUAUAUGGUGGCACCGACUUCAAUUCGAGCUUAUUGCACUGGUCGACCAUAUUCUGCCUGUUGGCGUAAACGCUGUGGCAGCGACACCGUCGCUAACGUAUACUGGGUCCUUCUUGGUUUUAUCCGUCGACGAGCUCACUCGAGCAAUACAAAAGCCUACCUUCGUAAGUGUUGUGGUUGAAGUAAGCGUCACGAGAUGUCACUUCCAUGCUGUGCUACUGCCGUCUAGAUCUCCGAUGCAGCAGUAUGCCGAGAACGUUCAUUCUUAUCCGGGCAUGUUAAACUUUUCCAAUGUCCCUAGAAACAAUGUCGCGGUCAUUCACCUAGGACGACUCCAUGUGAAGUACUUAACAAAGAGGAAACAAAGCUCAUAGUCAUAAGUUUGCACGCGAGAGACCCAUAGACAGAGGGCAGAUGUCGCAAAACUCCUUACUCGUUUAUCCUGAUAAUGGUUAGACGCAUAACGCCGAUGAUAGCGUGUGAGCGAUAAUUAGGCGUGCCUGACUAUCGAGGGGAGUAGCUCAUGCACUCAGCGAGGUAUCACGCCGCAUAUGAAAUGGAUAGACGUGACAAACUUGUGGUGUACGCCGC